CACAUGACCGGUAAGGAUCCGACGACUGAUUUGAAAGCAUUCUAGCAAAACAAUCUCUGUUAAAAUAAAAGUGCAUUUCAAAAGUCAUUAAUUUUCUUUCAGCGCUGUUCAAUCGUGUAUAGUCAGACAAAACAGCAGAAAUGCGGGUUGAUGAAAAACUUCGUUUGGAUGAGCAGUUGUUGCUUUUCAUGGACCAGCUCGAGGCUUUGGAGGAGAAACGAGAUAAACUGAAUUCCCUUAUAGAAGAGGGAUGGUUUUCUAUUGCCAAGGCACGUUACUCGAUGGGAAAUAAGCAAGUAUCCGCUCUCCAGUACGCUAGUGUGAUGGAACCGCUUGUUCAUGUUAAUGUCAGCUUGUUGGAGAGUGGGAAAGCUGAGUUUAAAUGUGAGAGAAGUGAAAAUAAAACAGAAGAGCUGAAAAAUAACCCCAUAGAAGACAUUGGAGCGAAAGAGGAAGUUUCAGGUCUUAGGAGGCGAACAAAUGUCAAACAAAAAGAGAGUAAAGAUGAAGAUCCCUCUAUCGAACCACAGGAGACAGACAAUCAAAUAAAAAUAAAGGCAGAGUCAUCCACUCCAGAGCACAGAGAUCCAUUAAAAUGGUUUGGCAUCCUUGUACCACAGAAUCUUAAACAAGCUCAAACUGCCUUUAAAGAGGUCAUUUCUCUCUCAGCAGAGAUUGGAUCCCUGCAGAGUGCAAUAGUGGCUACAAGGAAAGAAAUGCAGGCCCAGAUGAAGGAGAAACAACAGAAGACAGAGAACACUCAACCGGACAUAGUAAAAGAAAAAUAGUGACCUUAUUCAUUAAUUCAUUUAUUUCUUCUAUUAAAUCUUUAUUUAUAUGUACCAUAAAAUGGGCCUGUAUUCCUUGUCACUGGAAUAAAUGUAUCUGUUAUAAAUGCAAAUUGAAUAAUGUGUUUGGCAUAUGCCAAACAACGAUCAAAUCACUGUUAACUUGUAUAAAAAGAUAAUGUUGUUUUCCUUAUAAAAUAUUGUUGAU